AUGGCUCGUAAGUCUGUAGACUUCACGCUGUCCCUUGAACGGUUCCAGAAUCAUCGGAAAGAACCAGAGAAAGAGAAAAGCCCCAUCGAGGCUACCACGUCAUUAUCGUCAACUUCAUCAUCUUCUUUACAGAAUCAGAACCGUCAAUUAGCCAGAACCAAUGCCGCUAUGGCUGUGCGGAUCCAACAGCUUGAGUUGAAUAUGAGUGAACUUGUUAGUGAAAAUGCACGUCUCAAAGCCAUUGCAGCCAACGCUGUUGAAACCAAUAGUAGUCAUAAUAUUAAUACUGGGUCGCUUGAAAAGCAUAUAAAGGGCAUAGAAUCCACCUUGUUAACACAAUUCGAUCAAGUUUUUCAAACUAUAAAACAACUUAGAAAAGACUACAAAUUAAGUGACAACUCGAUGUUGGACGUGCUUGCGCCAUAUUCCCAUCCGGUUACCUCUACACCUUUAAGUCAAGAGUUGGCGUUGAAUGUUCUGUUCCCAUCUUUUGGAGAUCCUACUCCUAUUCCAAUAGUCGCUCCUGCACCAUUGAGAGUGUCUAAAGACCCAAUGGAAUACUUUGAGAAGGAAGAUACCCCUGUUUCUGCAGCUGAUAUAUCCUUUGCUGAGAAUGAUGAACCUUCAAUACCUAAUUACGCGUGUUCUCCCAUCCUUGAAGAUUCGCACGAAACAUCUAACUCUACUCCACUGGUGCAGUUAGAUACUUUAAAUGAUGGUCCUUUACUACCCCCUUCAACCGAAGAAUCUGGUGGUGCACAUCGAUCUUUUAAUCUGGAAAGGGAACCUAGCAAAGAAGAAAGUACUUCAUCAUCAUUAAGAAGAUCUAAGAGAUCCAAGAAACAAGUGGAGUAUAAACUACGAAAUGAACCGACACCACUGCUGUCUUCCGGAGAAUCUUCAAAGAGAUUAAUGGUGCCAUAUUCUGAUGAAAAGGAAGAGCCACAGAAGACUUCUAACGAUGAUAAGAAUCCAGAACCUAAGAAACGAGCUGCGUUGGCCAACGUUACAAAUGCAAAUAACAAAAGACGACGGAGAAUACGUGAUGAUGAAGUCUUUGAUAUACCAAAGGGUAGUUUAACCCUAAGUAAUCGAAAGAACAAGAAUAAAAUCAUAGGGUCAGUACUGGAAGUAUAA